AUGGCUCAAGGUGCUCAAGCUCGUCAAUGCAGCCGCUACUGGCUCUUGACCAGCCCUCGCACUGCCUCCAACCUUCUUGUUAAGAUGCUUAACCUUGACGAACAAGGUGUCCGCCCUGCUCACUAUGGAGGAUACUUCUAUUUGCCCGCAAUCGAACAGCACUUCCUCCUCGAGAAAAAGUCCAUGGACACCUGGACGGAAGAAGAGAAAGCUUCCGUCAAUGGCACAACUCAGCAAUGCUCGCAGAGGUUUCUUGAAUACCUUGAUGCUGCUGAGAAAGAAGGCCAGAAGGUCUUUGUGAAAGAACACUCGAUCUUGCUGACCCAUCCACGUGCCGAGAGCCACUUUCUCUAUGGCUCCAAGGAGGCUCGUACGAUCACUGAGGCAACUCCCGUAACUGUCGAGGGAAUUCAAGAGCCGACUCGGUCGCCGCUCAACCUCACCGUGUUCCCAGAUGAGUUUCUCAAGACUUGGAACCCAACGUUCCUCAUUCGCCAUCCCGCCCUUGUGAUCUCCUCUCUGUACCGCACAUGCCUAGUCGAGAUGGAUUUCCACGGCAUUCAUCGCCCCAAGCAAGAGCCGUGUGCUGCAGAGCUCACCAUGCGAUGGCACCGCACCCUGUACGAGUUCUUCGCCCAGCACUUCGCUAGUGACAGCGUCUGGCCCAUCGUUCUCGAUGCCGAUGAUAUCAUGACGAGCCCUCAGCUGGUGUCAAAGUACGCCAAGCUGGCAGGCCUUGACGACAGCAAGGUCGUUCGAUCCUGGGAGAAGGCUCCAGAGCAAGAGUUGAACAAAUUGACCAACAUCGAGCAGAGGAUGCUUAGUUCUAUUAAUGCCAGUACCGCGAUCGAUCGCAGCAAGAUUGCGGGAGAGGUUGACAUUGAUAAGGAAGUCGUCAAGUGGACAAAGGAGUUUGGAGAGGAAGUGGCGAAAAAGCUUGAGAAAUGGGUACGAGAUGCCAUGCCGGAUUACGAAUUCAUGCACUCCAAGAGAAUGCGUCCAGAGCAGGAAUGA